GGUUAGUUAGUCUACCGGCAAUUGCAGCAAAGUGACUUCACAUUUGCCAUUUCUCCCCUUCUACAAGGGAAGGAGACGAAGAAGUCUACUUCUUUCUUCUGUCGUCUCUCCCGGUUUCCGCCUCAUCCUCCGUUGACAGUCGUCUCCGCCAUGGCUUGGCCGCGCUCUUCCAUCAUCUAUUGUUGGCUGAUUGUGUUAAUUGUCCAAGGCUUCGUUUGUUCAGCUCUCGAUUUCGAUAAUCACAAGCCCCCUUUGAUAAUUCCCCUCCAUCUCUCCACACCUAAUGUUUCCUCUCAUCGGAAAGCCUUCAGCAGCGACUACAAUAGCCGGCAACUCCAAAAUUCGGACCUCCCCAACGCUCGCAUGCGCCUCCACGACGAUCUCCUCCUCAAUGGUUACUACACGACGAGGAUAUAUGUUGGGACACCUCCACAGGAAUUCGCUCUUAUUGUGGAUACUGGCAGUACUGUGACAUAUGUUCCGUGCUCUACAUGUGAACAGUGCGGCAUGCAUCAGGAUCCGAGGUUCCAGCCAGAUGCAUCUAGCACUUACAAACCUUUGAAAUGCAACCCUAGUUGUAACUGUGAUGACGAGGGAAAGCAAUGCACUUAUGAAAGACGGUAUGCGGAAAAGAGUUCUAGCAGUGGUGUGCUUGCUGAGGAUGUCAUUUCUUUUGGAAAUGAAAGUGAGCUUACACCUAAGCGUGCUGUUUUUGGCUGUGAAAAUGUGGAAACUGGUGACCUUUUCAGCCAACGUGCUGAUGGAAUAAUGGGGUUGGGUCGUGGUCGGCUUAGUAUUGUAGAUCAGCUUGUUGAAAAGGAUGUUAUUAGUGACUCAUUUUCUUUAUGUUAUGGUGGGAUGGAUGUGGGUGGCGGUGCAAUGGUUCUUGGUAGGAUUUCUCUGCCCCCUAACAUGGUUUUUACCCAUUCAGACCCUUACCGUAGUCCAUAUUACAAUAUUGAGCUGAAGGAACUACAUAUAGCUGGGAAGCGAUUGAAGUUAAACCCAGGUGUCUUUGAUGGAAAGCAUGGAACAGUUUUGGACAGUGGAACUACGUAUGCUUACCUUCCAGAAGAAGCUUUUCUUGCAUUCAAGGAUGCUAUUAUGAAGGAAACCCAAUUUCUUAAACGGGUCCAUGGCCCUGAUCCAAAUUACAAUGAUAUUUGUUUUUCUGGAGCUGGAAGGGAUGUUUCUCAACUAUCAAAAAUUUUUCCUGAGGUUAAUAUGGUAUUCAGCAAUGGUCAGAAGUUGUCCCUGUCCCCAGAGAACUACCUAUUCCGGCAUACAAAGGUUAGUGGUGCAUAUUGCUUGGGAAUUUUCCAGAAUGGGAAGGAUCCAACUACGCUUUUGGGAGGAAUUAUAGUACGGAAUACACUUGUGACUUAUGAUCGGGAGAAUGAUAAGAUUGGUUUUUGGAAAACUAAUUGUUCUGAACUAUGGAAGAGACUUCAAGUUCCUGGUGUGCCUGUACCUGCACCCGCAUAUGUAGUUUCCCCCGGUGGUAACAAAAGUGAAGGAAUGCCUCCUGCUCAAGCCCCAAGUAGACUGCCUGCAGAUUUUGUUCCAGGUGAAGUUCGAAUUGGAAUUAUAACAUUUGAUAUGUUGAUUAGUGUCAACAGCUCUUACAUGAGACCCAACUUAUCCGAAGUAGCUGAGUUCAUUGCCCAUGAGUUCGAAAUUGCUAAUUUGCAGGUUCACAUGUUGAAUUUCUCCUCAGAAGGAAAUAAUUACCGUGUUAGAUGGGGCAUCUUUCCUGCUGAGUCUGCUGAUUAUAUUUCUAAUUCCACAGCUAUGAACAUAAUUCUUCGGUUAAAGGACCAUAGAUUGCAAUUUCCUGAGAAAUUUGGGAGCUAUCAAUUGGUUGAAUGGAAGAUUGAGCCUCAAAGAAAGCAGAAAUGGUGGCAGAAACACUUCUUCGCGGUAGCAAUAGGAGUUUUGUCGACCCUGCUUGUUAGUUUAUCAUGUAUUGGCAUAUGGAUGGUGUGGAGACAUAGACAACGAGCACUUGGUACAUACGAACCUGUUGGUGGCAUUGUUCCAGAGCAAGAGCUUCAGCCAUUAUGAUCUUAAAAAUUUUCAUCUGGGGCGGGAUGGUUGUAGCGUGCAUUGAUACACUCACUAAUUCUAUUGGCUGAUAAUUCUAUUGGGUGGAUAAAUUUUGCUGUCCCUCUGUUGUUGUAAAAUGCAUAGAAUUGAAAGGGAAAAAAAAAGAUAAGGAAAAAUAAGAAAAAUAGUGAUUAGCUGCUCAUUGUUGUGGAUUUUUCUGCAUGCUUGUGUGUAUUAUAGGCAUAAUGAACAUUUACCUAAAGCAAUGCAAAACGUAACCCUUUUUCAUUUAGAGGGAUUGCAGUA